AUGUCAUUGCAGCUUCAUUCAGUCACACUCCUAAACAUUGCUGAUCAUGUCACACGUGAACUGGAUACCGCGUUUGGUGUGUUGGUUGGGCGCGUGUCCGAUUCUUGUACUGUCUACACCAGUUUCGAGCUUCUUCUCGAUUCUACAAAUACUUCCAUAGACAAUGACUAUUUAUAUAGACGAUGUACCCAGUUCACGACAGUUUUGCCACAUUAUUCGGUAGUGGGGCUCUAUCAUAUUGGCAGCUUGAGCCUGCAAAACGAGAAAAUGAUCCAAGACAUGAUGAAUCAGUUUUCGCAAUUCAUAAAGAACUUCCUGGAGAACUCCAGUAAAAAUGAGCCUGUUGCUACUGUACUUUGUGCUUCAGAAAGUGAGAAUAUAGCAUCCACUACUGUAGCCAAUUAUAAGACAUACUUCACUACGGAAACUGACAAAGCCGCAGCUGAUGAUUUUUCCCGACAGAAACAUAACAAAGAGAUCGGAGACACCUUGGUCCAUCUCCUGAACAAGGUAGAGCGAAUUCUCCAAUAUUUGCAAGACCAGAGCACUCCUGUUCUGGAUGAAGAAAUUCAGAAAACAAUAGAAAUCAAUAAUCUUGUAGUGCAAUUGUCAAAUAGAUUGUCAGCUUUCAGAGCCAGCGAGACUCCUGCUAAUAUUUCUGACAAGCUCCAAUCUGCACAACUUGGGCUUAUCACUGAACAGCUCAAUGCUCUAGACAAUGUCAAGUCUCAGAUAGCGAAGAACUUGGUAAGAUUCGGCAUCAACACUUCUGGUCCUCCCAAAGUAGAGCAGGCUCACUUUUACUCUUCGCUCCAUAAAUAGCAGCAACGAAAUUAACGAAAG